GUCAAAAGCAAAUGCUAUAUUAACGGUCGUUUGUUAGAAUUUUAGAAACAAAAACUAAAAUAUUCAUAUUGUCUGCAGUUUUAAUUAUAAAUAACCAAAAUGGAUUUCAACAGUACAGGCGGGAUUAGAAGUCCAUUUUCACCUAGGGUUAAACAAUCCAUUACAGGAAGAAGACCAAUUGGAUUGUCGUCUGCCAAAAAAUCACAAAGUAACUACAUGCAGUCUCCGGGAGCACAGAAGUCAGGAGAUGUGAUCUACAAGACACCGCUGAUCACAUUAGAGACCUAUGGACUGCCUCUGCCUGUCAUGGUCACAGAAGCUCUCACUUUUGCAAGUGGCGAGGUGAGCGCGCGCAUGUCUACCUGCGGCUGGUGCUGGGUGGUGGCGGGCAGACGAGUGUUGGCCUGGCCCAAUAGGCCCGAGCUGGCCGCCGCCGCGCGGGACCUCACGCUGCCACAGACCGACCUCGCGCACAAGGCCGAUCUUGUUGUACUCUUCUACGAAGAUGAUGCACAGCUGCCAUCUUGUAUAGGGGUGUCACCGGAGGGAGUGAUCCGGUACUGGCCCAGCGUGGGCCAGGAGGGCGUGUACGUGGACGUGUCGGCCGAGCUGGCGGGGCAGGAGUGCGACCAGCUCGGGGAGCCGACGAGGAGCGGCUUGGUCCUCGCCACCACUACCUGCACUGUGGUCCUGCUCACACCUACCAUGUUGGAGGGCCGUCCGACGGUGACGUGUCGCACACUGCGCCCGCCGAGCGGCUGGCUGGGGGGCAUCGGCCGCCGCGUCUCGCUGCUUUUCUUCGGCUCCAUGCCGGCCAACGCCGACACUAAGCUGGUGGGCGUGGUCGGGGCGGAGGAGUGCGUGGCGCUGGUGGCGAGCGGGCCGCAGCUGCAGCUGUGGCGCGGCGCGGAGCUGCACGAGCACCACCUGCACCGCGCGCUCGCCGACGCCACGCUGCGCGCGCACCAGGGACACCUGCCGCACCAAGGUACCCACAUGGACCUGAGCGGGCUGGAGGUGACGGCGCUGGACGUGCACGCGUGCGGGCCGCACUCGCUGCUGCUGCUCGUGGCCGCCGUCGGCGUUGCGCGCUCGCCCGACAGGCGCUACGCAAUCGUGGAGCUGGACGUGUCGCAGCCGCAGCGCGUGCGCGUGCGCUCGGCGCGGGCGCUGCGGCCGCCGCGCGAGGACGUCCGCCCGCCGCGCUGUCUGCCCGCGCCCGCCUGCCCGCUGCUCUACGCGCCCGCAUACCUCGCCGUCCUCACCGGCUCGGGCUCCAGCGAGAAGAUGGAGUGCAUCGAGGUAUCUGCGGAGGGGGACCGCGUGCUGGGCGGCGCGCUGUGCGCCGGCGUGCCGCUGAUCUUCACCCGCCAGCACGGCGUGCUCGCGCUGCGCUCGCCGCGCGCCCGGCACCUGUCCGUGUGCGACAGCCCGCUCGGCUCACCCGCCGCCGCAGACCUCUACGACGGUAACCUCUCCAUGUACGAGAUAGAUCCCAACGAGAUCAACGCCCUGGCCACGGAUCCUCGCAGCAAAUUGAAAUCCGCCUUCCUCUUUCACCUGCGCCGGGAGCCGGCGGCUGCGCGCAUCCUCGCCGAGGAGUUCCCUGUGCGGGGCGGGGGCGGGGCCGGGGGCGGGGACACAGUGGACGCCCCGCUGGACGCCGCGGUGGCGGGCGCUGCGCGAGAGCUGCUGGACGACGCGCCCGCCGGAGACCCGCGCUGGCGCCGCGCCGCGCCCCGCUCGGUCGCCGCGCUCGGCGCCUCCGCCGCGCUGCAGCUGGCCGCGCAGCUCCGGGACAAGGCGCGGGCCUACGCGCUCUUCCUCGACUUCCUGCGCGCCCACGGCCUGUGGCGUCGCCUCGCCAACGUCACCAGAGAGUGCGGCGACGGCGCUAUCGGCACGCAGCAGCUGCUGGGCGCGUACGGCGAGCGCCUGGCGGCCGCGCGCGCCCUGCGCCGCCUGCAGGAGGAGGGCGCUCACAUCGUGGACGCGGCCGUGCACCAGGUGGCGCAGGGGGCGGAGGGCGAGGAGGAGGAGGAGGCGGCGGCGCUGCUCGCCGGCGCGCUGUCGCCCGACGACGUGGCGUUCCGGCGCGUGUCCUGCGCACACCGCCUGCUGCGCGCCGCCGCUCGUCUGCCGCCCAGUGCGGGGGACGCGCGCGCUGACGCCGCAGCCGCCACCGCCGCGAUGCGUCUCGUCGCCGGCGUGCUGAGCGAGGUGCAGACGUGGCGCACGCAGUGGGUGUCGGCCGGCGGCCCCGCGCCCCCCGCGCGUCCCGCAGACCCCGCGCUGCGCCCCGCCCUGCUGCAGCUGCACACGCGCGCCACCACCGAGGUGCUGCGCGCCUGCCCCGAGGCGGGUCUGCGCGGCGAGCUGCUGGAGGCGAGCGCGGCGCUGGCGGACCUGCUGCUGGCGGACGCGCUGGCGCACGCGCAGGCGCACGCUCACGAUCCCGCCUUCCACGCGCUGCGCCGCGACCUCAUCGCGCCCUAUGUGGAGGCGGGGCAGACGCAGCGCGCGGCCGCGCUGGCGGAGAAGUUCCAGGACUUGGAGCUGCUGGUGCAGCUGUGCGUGCAGGACGGCGACCUGCCGCGUCUGCACAACUACAUGGACAAGUACGCGGAGCAGGGCGUGGCUGAGAUAGCGUUCGCGUGGCUGGCCUCGGGCGGAGGUCCGCGACGUGCGCUGCUGCUGCGCGAGCUGGGCGCCAGAGACCCCGAGCGCCUCGCGCGCUGGCUGGCCGCGCGCCCGGAGCGGGCACAGCUGCGCGCGCUGCAUCUGCUGGCACGUCGCCGCCCCGCGCCCGCAGCCGCCGCACUGCUGCAGCUGCUCACCCCCGCCACCACCACCACCUCCCCCGCCCCCGACAACACACACACAGUCAACCGCACCACGACGAUCGCGUCACUGGCCAAGCUGUGUCUGCUGGCGUCCGAGGAGGAGGGCCCCGAGACACGCGGAGCCCUACAGGAGGCGGAGGCGCAGCUCAGCCUGUGCGAGCACCACCGCGCUCUGCCAGCAGCCCUGCGCCCGCCCGCGUCCACCGGGGACACCGACUGGCCGCUGCUCGGCGCCCAGCGCCUGCUGCAGCUGUACAUCGAGUCUGAGAGCGAGGCGCUGACGGAGUACGACUACAAGAAGGCUCUCGACCUCACCGACUUCAUUGAGGAGCCGGAGCUGCGCGAGGAGCUCAGGCUGCAGGUGUGGUGCGCGUGCGCAGUGCGGGCGCGCUGGGAGGAGCUGGGCUCGGAGGCGGCGGCGGGCGCGCUGCGGGACACCGCACUCUACCGCCUCGCCGACCUCGUGCAUCUCAUGGGCGGCGACGUGCGGGCGAGCCUACCGCCGCUGGGCGCUCUGCUGGGCGCGCCGCGACUGGCCGCCCGCGCCCACGACCCGCGCUUCCACUUCGCGCUCAAGCUGGCCUACGAGUACAUACUGGAGGACCACCCCGCCCCCCGAGACACGCCCCCCACCACACCCCCCACUACACCCCCCGCACCCCCCGCCAUACACUCCUACUGA